AUGGCAAAGUAUCUGAAGUGCGUGGAGCGGUACAGCACGGGCGGUCCAGUCGGUGAGGCCAAUUGGCCCAAGGUCGGCACGACGAUGGUCGGCCACAAGCGUCUGAAGAACAUUGUCAAUCUGCUGCUCGACGCGCGCGCCGCUAACGUCUCGGGGAGCUACGUCGAGUGCGGCGUGUGGCGCGGUGGAAUGUCUAUCUUCGCAAAAGCGGCGAUUGAGGUCUACCAAAUGAAGCGGCGUGUGUACCUAUGCGACUCGUUCCAGGGGCUGCCGCUGCCGCGCUCAGGCAGCCUGCGGCCCGACGAGACGGUGUACACGGCUCAGUGGGUCAACGAUUCGCUCGCCAAGAGCGAAUAUAUCGUGACGCGCAACUUCGGCCGGCACGGGGUCCCAAUGAAUGGAGUUCGCUUGGUGCCGGGCUUCUUUGUCAAUUCUUUGCCCAAGCUGCGUGACCAGCUCAAGGGCCGCAGCGAGCGGCUUGCACUGCUGCGACUGGACGGCGACAUGUACGACGCGACGAUGGACAUCUUGUACAACUUGUACGACCUGGUUGAGGUAGGAGGCUUCGUGAUCAUGGACGACUUCGGCUGGGCGGAAGGCACCAACGCCUCCAAGCCCUCCUUGUGGGGCGCCAAGAACGCUGUGCUCGACUUCCGUGCCGUGCACAAGAUUGAGGACCACGCGCACGUGUUCCACAACAUCGACGACGCGGGCGCGUGGUUCCGCAAGGGCCGCGAAGUCACGGUCCGUCGCCGGCUGUACGAGCGCGGCGUCGAGCAAGGCGACUACAGUGCAUUGCGCCCGACGCCGUUGCUCACGGCGGCGGACUACAGGCGCUUUAGGCGCAAGUACGAUGCACACGCAGCUCGCAUUCUCCCAGUCACGAAAGUCGAGCAGCAAAGUUGA